ACUACUCUUCUUGUUCCCUUUUAUCUAUACUUUCUAUGUAAUUUCUUUAGAAAAGUCAUGAAAUCAAAUUAUUAUAUAACAAAGUUUAAUUCACAAUCUUCUCACAAAUAUUUCUACUAAAAACAACAAACAAAACUCUGAAUGAAGAGUUAGAAGCAGCAUCAUUAUGGCUUACCCUUAUCAACCACAGCCUUUUGCCUUUGCGCCACCGAUGCUGGCACUCCCCACGCCCAUAAUCGGCCCUCAAUACUGUGCUCCGUAUCCACUUGAACUAGCCGUCGUGAAAAAGGUUAUGACCAUUUCAGAUGGAAACUAUGUCGUUACUGAUGUCAACGGCAACAUCGUCUUUAAAGUUAAAGAUCCCCUCUUAACCCUACAUGAACGCCGUGUCUUGCUUGAUGCCGCCGGUUACCCCAUCAUCACCUUACGUCGCAAGAUAGCGACGAUGCAUGAUCGAUGGGAAGCUUAUCGCGGUGACAGCACAAAAUCAAAAGAUCUUAUAUUUACAGCGAAGAAAUCAUCAAUAAUUCAGCUUAAGAUCAACUUAGAAGUGUUUUUAGCUGGGAACACAAAAGAGGAUGUUUGUGAUUUUAAAGUCAAAGAUAGUGAAAGUUCUUGUAUUGUUUAUGUUGGUGAAUCUAACAACACUCUUGCUAAGAUGCAAAAAAAGGAAACGGUUAAGAGUGUUUUGUUUGGUAAAGACCAUUUAAUGGUCACAGUUUAUCCUAAUGUUGAUUACGCUUUCAUAGUGGCGUUAAUGCUGAUUUUUAAUGAGACUGGUACUAUUGAAGAAGAAAUCAAUUCAGCUGUAGAUGGUUUUUCUCAAGGACUUGGAUUAAACAUGAAGUCGAAGGUUGUUCAUAUGCUGGUAUCGAAGAUGCUAGGGUUGUUAGCAUGUUAAAUUAGGUUUUAGUGCUUAAAUCCUAAAUUGUUAAGUUAGCUUGUUUAUUAAGUUGACUUGUGUAAUGGGCCUUGUAAAAAAAACCCAUUAGUUAGUAUGUUAGAUUUUAUUAUAAGUAGCAUACUAGUCUCUCGUCAUUGCACACUGCAAAUCCAAAUAUAGGGUGAGAGAGGUUAUUUGUUAUUCUUGUAAACUUGUAAUCUUGUUUUCCAAGAGAAAGUAAAAGAAUAGUAGUUAUAACCAAUUCUUGAGUUCUUCUUCUUCCCUGUUUUUAUUCUUUCCUUGUUUUAUAUUUUGUUCUUAGUAUUGAAUUCACAACAAAUUGGUACGGUGAGCGUGGAGAAGAUGCCUUCAACAAAGUAUGAGAUUGAAAAGUUCACUGGAGUGAAUGAUUUCGGUCUGUGGCGCUUGAAGAUGAAAGCCCUACUAGUUCAGCAGGAUUGUUUGGAAGCGUUGAAAGGAGAGACAGCCAUGAAUGCUGAAUUAGCGGCAGCGGAGAAGAUGACUAUGAUCGAGAAAACACAUUGCGCAAUUUUGUUGAUCCUUGAUGAUAAGGUUCUUAGACAGGUGUUGGAUCUGUGAGAUUCAAGCUCCAUGAUAAGUCAAUAAGGUUGUUGACUGAAGUCAGGUAUGUUCCUGAUUUGAAGAGAAAUCUGCUUUCUCUUGGUGAAUUCGACAAGAAAGGAUAUGUUUUCCACGGAGAGAAAAGUAUCCUAAGAGUCAUGUAGGGGUCGAAGGAAGUCUUUAAAAGCGUGAAGAAACAAGACUUGUAUAUCCUUGAGGCUGAGUUGUAAGUGA